AUGUCAUAUGCAGAAUUGUAUCCAGCUUUGAUCACUAAAAACCUUGUGCAACCACGACCACGACCUCCUGUACCAGAAGUUCUACCUUGGUGGUACAAGCCAGAGGUAUCUUGUCCCUUUCAUCAGAAUGCUCCAGGUCAUGACUUAGACAACUGUUUUGCUUUAAAGUUGGAAGUACAGAAGUUGACAAGAGCAGGUAUCCUGACCUUCAAGAGCAUGGGUCCCAAUGUGAAGGACAAUCCAAUGCCAAGUCAUGGUCCUUCAUCAGUGAACAGUAUAGAAGUUUGUCUCAAUGAACAACGUGUUACGAAGAUAGAGGAGAUUCGGCAGUCUUUGGUUGAAAUUCAUUCUAUUUUAUGUGCUCAUGGUCUAUUCCAACAUGACCACCAGAUCUGUGGUACAUGUUCAGUCAAUUCAAGAGGUUGUAGAAAGAUUCAAGAUGAUUUGCAAGGCGUCCUUGAUCAGGGUUUGAUUCAGAUUUCUAGACAAGUGAGUUCUCCAGAAUCACAAGAACAAGAGGUGAAUGUCAUCAUUCCUUGCUUCAACAUUCCAGAGAAAGUAGAGAUAGCUUAUCAUCCGAGGGAGCCAGUGGUGAUUUGCCCUCCGGGCCCAAUGCCUUACACUUCAUAUAAAGCGGUCCCCUACCGCUAUGCAACAACUAUUAUUGAGAACGGUAAAGAGGUCGAGAUUAAAACCUUAGCCUCAGUUACCAAUAUCGCAGCAAAUAGCCAAAUGACGCGCAGUGGCCGCGUGUUCGCUCCGCCGGUUAUCCCAAGUAGAAAUGUUGAGAAAGAUCCAGUAGUCGUGGUACCAGUGACAAGAGAAGCAGAAGGGCAAACAAGCAAUUCAACCCUUGACAAAGAAACAGAUGAACUACUCAGAAUUAUCAAGCUCAGUGACUACAAAGUGGUAGAUCAGUUGCUACAGGCACCGUCAAAAAUCUCGAUCCUGUCCUUAUUAUUGAACUCAGCUGUCCACAGAGAAGCACUACUGAAGGUGCUUGAUCAAGCCUUUGUAGAACAGGAUAUAACAGCAGAGCAGUUCAACAAUGUUGUAGGCAGCAUCACUUCGUGCAAUGACUUAGGCUUUUGUGAUGAAGAACUGCCAGAAGAAGGAAAGAAUCACAACUUCGCUCUCCAUAUCUCAGCCAAUUGUCAAGGGGAUUCUUUGUCUAAUAUCCUAAUUGACACCGGUUCAUCUCUGAAUGUCAUGCCCAAGUCUACCUUGUUGAAGCUAAAGUACAAAGGGGGGCAAAUGCGGCACAGUGGAAUUAUUGUGAAAGCGUUCGAUGGAUCAAGAAAAACAGUCAUUGGAGAAGUUGAUUUGCCUAUUGGUAUUGGACCACACGUAUUCCAAAUCACUUUCCAGGUUAUGGACAUAGUGCCAGCUUAUAGCUGUCUGCUCGGACGCCCAUGGAUUCAUGAGGCGGGUGCCAUUACAUCCACGUUACACCAAAAGUUAAAGUUUGUCAAGAAUGGGCAAAUAGUGACGGUUAAUGGGGAGCAGGCUAUGCUGAUUAGCCACCUUUCAUCGUUUAGUGUGAUAGAAGUAGACGAGACGGCUGUUCAAACUCCAUUUCAAGCCCUGACCAUCGAUGAUUACAAGAAAAGUGAAGGUUCAAUCGCGUCAUUCAAAGACGCCCAGCAGAUUGUCAAGACAGGUCCUACAGAAAUGUGGGGCAAGGUGAUAGAGUUGCCAGAAAACGUUAACCAUGCAGGAUUAGGCUUUGUUGAUGGAAAACAAGUGCAGACUUCAGUGGUGCGACCUUUCAAAGAUAUAUUUCACAGCGGUGGGUUUAUCAACAUGGUAGCAGUUGAAGAGGAUACUUUUGAGAAAAAGACAGAAGACGAAGGCCCCAAAUUUGUGACACCAGGAAGCAUGACAGUCAUUAUGGUGAAUGGUGUGAAAUGA